UCUCUCUCUCUCGCUCUCGCUCUCGCUCGCUCGCUCGCUCAGUCGCUGUCGCGUUUCGCUCAGAUCUGUGUGUGUGUGUGUCUCUCUCUCUCUCGCUCCGGCGAUGGCUCAGCCUUUCGCGAAGAAGGACGAUGACCGCGACGAAGAAGCUGAAUACUCUCCGUUUCUCGGGAUUGAGAAAGGAGCUGUUCUUCAGGAAGCUAGGGUUUUCCAUGAUCCCCAGCUAGAUCCGAGGAGAUGCUCUCAGGUCAUUACGAAGCUUCUGUAUCUUCUGAACCAAGGGGAAACAUUCACAAAGAUAGAAGCCACAGAAGUAUUUUUUGCUGUCACGAAACUUUUCCAAUCGAGAGAUAUUGGAUUGAGGAGAAUGGUUUAUCUGAUGAUCAAGGAGAUCUCUCCUUCCUCUGAUGAGGUCAUCAUGGUGACAAGCUCUCUUAUGAAAGACAUGACUAGCAGGACCGAUGUGUACCGAGCCAAUGCUAUUCGUGUUCUAUGUCGGAUCACAGAUGGAACCCUUCUAGCCCAAAUCGAGCGAUACUUGAAACAAGCUAUAGUUGAUAAGAAUCCUGUGGUUGCUAGUGCAGCUUUAGUCAGUGGGAUCCAUAUACUUCAGACAAAUCCCGAGAUUGUGAAAAGGUGGAGUAAUGAAGUUCAGGAAGCUGUCCAAUCAAGGGCCGCCCUUGUACAGUUCCAUGCCUUGGCUUUACUUCAUCAGAUUCGGCAGAAUGACAGACUUGCUGUUAGCAAGUUAGUCACCAGCUUGACCAGGGGAACUGUUCGCUCUCCUCUGGCACAAUGCCAGUUAGUUCGUUAUGCUAGCCAGGUUAUUCGUGAGUCAGCCAAUAACUUCCAAACUGGAGAAAGGCCAUUUUAUGAUUAUCUUGAAAGCUGUCUUCGCCAUAAGGCUGAAAUGGUGAUUUUGGAGGCCGCAAGAGCAAUUACUGAGCUUAGUGGUGUGACAAACCGUGAAUUGACUCCUGCAAUUACUGUCCUCCAGCUUUUCUUAAGUUCUUCAAAGCCAGUUUUGAGAUUUGCAGCUGUACGUACUUUGAACAAGGUGGCAAUGACCCAUCCUAUGGCUGUCACUAACUGCAACAUAGAUAUGGAGAGUUUAAUUUCUGACCAGAACCGAAGCAUUGCCACACUUGCAAUCACCACCCUUCUGAAGACUGGAAAUGAAUCGAGUGUUGAUCGUCUGAUGAAACAGAUCACGAAUUUCAUGUCAGACAUUGCUGAUGAAUUCAAAAUUGUCGUGGUUGAAGCCAUAAGAUCGCUGUGCAUGAAAUUUCCCUUGAAGUAUAGAUCCUUGAUGAACUUCCUGAGUAAUAUACUCAGGGAAGAAGGUGGAUUUGAGUAUAAAAAGGCAAUUGUCGAUUCAAUUGUGAUUCUCAUAAGAGAUAUACAAGAGGCAAAAGAAAUUGGGUUGCUUCAUCUAUGUGAAUUCAUUGAAGACUGUGAAUUUACUUACCUCUCAACACAGAUUCUCCAUUUCCUAGGGAUUGAAGGGCCAAAAACCUCGGAUCCUGGCAAAUUUAUUAGGUACAUCUAUAAUCGUGUACAUCUCGAGAAUGCAACUGUUCGUGCCUGUGCUGUAAGCACAUUGGCUAAGUUCGGUGCCAUGGUUGAUUCAUUGAAGCCUCGCAUUCUUGUCCUGUUGAGGCGUUGUCUUUUAGACAGUGACGAUGAGGUUCGUGAUAGGGCUACACUAUACUUGAAUUCACUUGGAGGUGAUGGUUCAGUUGUUGAAACUGAUAAUGAUGUAAAAGGGUUCCUUUUUGGUUCACUGGACAUUCCGCUUGUCAACUUAGAAACAAGUCUGAGAAAUUAUGAGCCAUCAGAUCAGCCAUUUGAUAUUAAUUCUGUACCCAAGGAGAUAAAAGCUCAGCCACUUGCUGAAAAGAAAGCACCAGGGAAAAAGCCUAUAGGUCUUGGUGCUCCUCCCACUGCCCCUUCUGCUGCUGUUGAUGCUUACGACAGGCUGCUCUCUUCAAUUCCCGAAUUUGCAAGCUAUGGCAAACUCUUUAAGUCAUCUGCCCCGGUUGAACUGACGGAAGCAGAAACUGAGUAUGCCGUUAAUGUUGUUAAGCACAUUUUUGAUCACCAUGUCGUAUUCCAGUACAACUGCACAAAUACUAUCCCAGAGCAAUUACUGGAGAAUGUCACAGUUGUUGUGGAUGCCUCAGAAGCGGAGGAAUUCUCUGAAGUUGCAUCCAAGCCACUAAAAUCUCUUCCUUGUGAUUCACCUGGACAGACCUUUGCGGCAUUUGAAAAGCCAGAUGGAGUUCCUGCUGUAGGAAAAUUCUCUAAUGUGUUGAAGUUCAUCGUUAAAGAGGUGGAUCCAGCUAGUGGUGAGGCAGAGGAAGAUGGUGUAGAAGAUGAAUAUCAGCUGGAGGACCUUGAAGUUGUUGCAGCAGAUUACAUGCAAAAAGUUGGGGUGUCCAAUUUCCGUAAUGCAUGGGAAAGCAUGGACCCAGAGUGUGAGCGGGUAGAUGAAUACGGCCUGGGCCCAAGGGAAAGUCUUGCUGAGGCUGUGAAUGCCGUCAUCAACCUUCUUGGAAUGCAGCCAUGCGAGGGCACCGAGGCUGUCCCGAGCAAUUCUAGGUCACAUACGUGCCUGUUGUCUGGUGUAUUUAUCGGAAACGUGAAGGUUCUUGUGCGAUUAUCUUUCGGAAUCAGUGGUCAAAAUGAUGUUGCAAUGAAAUUAGCGGUCAGGUCCGAGGAUGAAAAUGUCAGCAACACCAUUCACGAGAUUGUGGCGGGCUAGUUUUGCUAUUGUGGAGGUACUACUUGUCAGAUAUUCAGCCUUUGCAAUUUUGUACAUCGAAAGAGACUACACUACAGGUGGACGGAGGCACAUCGGUAAAGUCAUACUUCCAGGUAGGAAAAGCAGAUGGUCGGAGCAGUUUCGUGCCCGUUUUAAUUUUUCAUGAGGAAUGUGAUGAGAUCUGAGCUAAUUAGCCACAGCUUAAUGUUGUCCCAACUGGUAGUCUUUGCCUUUCUUUACUCGAUUCAGAUUUUAUUUUUAA